AUGGACCCGCUGGCCCUGCUGCUCCCCUGCCUCCUGGCCCCGCUGGGAGGGGUCGUCGCCAUGGCCUCCCCGGGGCCCAGAGGCCCGGAUCACCACCCCCAGCCUCCCCCUGCCACACGUCUGGAGCUGAUGGACAAAUUUAAGGAAUUCCAGAUUCGCUACAAUAAGAACUACAGGGACCAAGCAGAGCACGUACGACGCUUCGAGAUCUUUGUCCAGAACCUGGCCCGGGCCCGGAAGCUGCAGGAGGAGGACCAGGGCACGGCGGAGUUUGGGGUCACUCCCUUCAGUGACCUCUCAGAGGACGAGUUUCUCAGUCUUUACGCACCCAGAUUCAGGAUGCCCUCCGGAUGGGCAAAUCAAACGGCCAGGGUCCCCGAGGGGCCUCUGCUCAGGCAGACUUGUGAUUGGAGGAAAAGACGGGCCGUCACGCCGGUCAAAAAUCAGGGAUCCUGCAGGUCCUGUUGGGCCUUUGCUGCCGUCGGCAACGUGGAAUCCCUGUGGUUCCUCAGGUCCGGUGACCGACUCGUCUCUCUCUCGGUGCAAGAGCUUUUGGACUGCGGUCGAUGUGGGAAUGGUUGCGAGGGUGGCUACACCUGGGACGCCUUCCUCACCGUCCUCAGCAACAGAGGCCUGGCCAGAGAGGAGGACUACCCCUACAAGGCCCAGGUCAGGCCCGGCAGAUGCCGGGCCCAGAAGUUUAGGGCUGCCUGGAUCCAUGACUUCCUCAUGCUGCCCCGCGAUGAGCAGUACAUGGCCCGCUAUGUGGCUGACAAUGGACCCAUCACCGUAACCAUCAACAUGGCACUGCUCCAGGGGUGGCAGAAGGUUUGA